UUUGAAUAAAUCGAACCAUGCCUAUAUUUUUUCGGGCCUUUUCCAGGGCGUCUAUCCGUCCACUGGUCGCCAAUGAACAGAAGACCCUUGUUCGAUGGCCUGGUCCGAAAACUACCCAAAACCCUCCUCCGCCCCAAAGGCCAGUCCCCAAGGAUAAUUUACGCAAAGAGCAGACCCUCUCGAAAAGACCAUUCUGCUUUAGGCUGUUGGGUGGCAAUGAGAGAUUCCAGGUUAAAUCCUGCAUGGCCGAGAGCUUGGCCGGUCUUGGAUGCAAGAAGGCGCCAACGUGGGCAGAUAUUAACAAGCACAUCGGAGCACUGAGAAGGACAUACAGUAGGAAUAUUAGCGAAAAAUCUCGAAGAUCUAUGACACAAUCGACCACCAGCAGAGUGAGUUAUGCGCCGAGUAGCGGCGAACAUUUUAAGGCAAUGUCAGUUAAUCUUAUGGAGUUUUACGAUCAAAUAUCUAUAAGGAAGAAAAUGCGGCAGGUGCAAAGAACCCAGACCAAGCCGAAAUUAAAUAUCUUCCAAGUCCGCAACCAUCUCAGAUUCUUGCUAUCGCGGCUCAAGUUGAAGAGAAGACGGAGUAUGAAAAGAAGCCCUAAAAAUUCUCCUAUCCUUCCACAAUUUAAAGCCACACCAACUCGACCGAUUAGAAAAUUUCUCUUAAAAAGGCCCAGAAGAAAGCGUCGACAUCGUAAGACACAAGAUUUAGAAGAGAUUUUUCAUCCUGUUACCAAAAAUAGACAUAGACCUCGCAAUUCUAGGAUAAAGCAUCUAAAGAAGCACGCACUGCCAGAUGAUCCUGUAGAGGUAAGGAACUACUUAUCCCCAAAUAAAGCAAGAAGUAUGAACAGGUACAGGAAAAAGAUGCCCUACCAAGCAACAAAACCUCCAAUUAAAACACCCAAAACUCUUCCAGAAGCUCCAAGGAAAAUUUACAGAAAACCGAAGCUCAGACCAUCAAGACCAUAUACAAUUGGGAGAUUUGGGAGGACUGAAGAGAGAUCCAAAAUUCCAGAAGUUCCAAGGAAAAUUUACGGCAAACCGAAACUCUGGCCACCAAGAGAUGUUAGAUUUAGGAGAUCUUCUAAAGAGAAACGAAUUGACAAAACUCCAGAAGCUCCAAGGAAAAUUGACGGAAAACCGAAAAUUUGGCCACCAAGAGAUAUUCGAUUCAGGAGAUCUUCUAGAGAAAAAAGAACGGAUUUAAGAUCAUCAAAUAUAGAGAGAUCCAAAACUCCAGAAGCACCAAGGAAAAUUUACCGAAAACCAAGAAUGAUUAGAUCUAGGAGAUCUUCUAAAGCAAAAAGAAAAGAAUUAAGGUCACCGGAAACAGAGAGAUUCCAACCGGAUCCAAAAAGCUUUACCAAAAAACAGAGGAGACCUGUUGUUGGGAGGCACCCCCGAACCAUUCCCGAUAAACCAAGGGAAGAAAGCGUGAAGAAACCGGUUGUAGAAGAACGGACUGAAAAAGAAAAGAGAAAGCCAUCAGAUAAUAUCCAACCGUCAAUAAAGGUACACAAGAAAUCCUCCUGGGUAUUUGAAAAGGAUGCACUUGCAGCAGAGAGGACAGGUGGAAAAUUGAGAAGGAAGUUCAUCCGAAGAGCGAAAGUAAAGCGGAGUGUAUCCCCAGCAGAAAGAGACAACAGGGAGUUGUCCUCCGAUUCGGGGCAUAGGAAACCGGCCGAAAAAGUCAUCAGAAGAGCUAAAGCUAAGACGAGUUCCUCCGAAGCCCAACCCCAAACCGGAGCAAGGAGAACCCCUCCACCAAACCCUCAAAGAAGGAAACUAAUAAGAAGACGGUCAACGCUCGAAGCCCCUAUCCCCAGGAAAACCCAGGGAUCGGCUUUCAAACUGGGCGAGGGACUGAAGAUUAAGGACUAUGGUUUUAAGAAAACAAAGAAGGCCGUCCCUCCUCCGAUUGUAGCGGAGCCGGUUCAGGAGGAGACUCGCAGCUUGAAUCGCAGCUCCUUUCGCACCUUGGAGCGUCCUAGUUACAGCUCGGCGAGAAGCGCCGCCAGCAGCAUGUUCGGAAAGUUGACGAACAGGUCGCGCGAAGGGAGCGUAGCCUCCCGGGAGGAUACCUCGAGACAGCGUUCUCAGCAGAAGGUCCAGGAAGAAGAGCUAAUAGUGCCGCCGGAAGACGACUCACCCGGGGAGAACGAUGAGUUCUUCGAGAGGAUUAAGCGCAACCUGUACACGAUGACCAACUCCAGCAAGCCCAGCUUGAGGGAUUACACGUCUCUCCUGAACGCAGUUCAAAAGGAAAUGCCGCUGCACGUAAAUGACUACCCCAGCCUGUUGGAUGGCCAGGACCCCAUAAAAAAGAAGAAGCGGAUAAGGCUGGAACGGAAGAGAAAGAAGAAACAACACCGACUACCUCCGAUAAAUGCCAAAACUCAGACCAAGUGCAUAUGUGGCAUCUGCCAUUACCUUCAGAAGUUCAGGGCGGAGAAGCUCCCGCCCAUCUACGCCGAAGUGGCCAACAGGCAGAAGGAUUUGAAGCACCGACAGUACUAUAUGGACCACUUGAGGCACAGAAACUUUUCAAUAUUGGAUAGCUAUAAGGCGGAAAUCGCAGAUGAUUCCCGUCCCAUAAUUUCCCAACCACUACUAGAUAAUACCAAAGUAGAUUGUCCUUCAAAGCCCAUCGAUCCCUAUGAGAAUGACUUCAACUGGAGUGGAAAGAAUAUUUAUAUGAACCGAUCCCUUCCAGCAGCGUGCUGGAGUCUCAGUAGUUCCUACGCCCACAAAACUCGCAUCCUCGACGACUACAAAGCCCCUAAUGUGUCAAAAAUAUUUCAACUCUGCUAUCGGACCCUCUUCGAAGCAGACCAGCAAACCACGAACUUAUCGGCCAACGACUGUCAGUUUCGGGAAAGGCUUUGCUGUGCUUAGA